UUGAGACCACCACGGGAGUUUCCAGGACUUCGGGAAGAAGACCGCAAGAGCAAGGGGCCAUGCUCCUUAAAUGGGAAUAUACAUUUUCCUACCUUCCAGCACUCUACAUGCCUCUUCCUUGCUUAUCGGGGCUGGUAGCGCCGUGUACCCGGAUGCUCGACUGGCCCACCUCUUCCGGGAGACGAGCAGGCUGUAGCCGGAAGUAGGUGGGGAAUAUGAAGGCGCUUCCGGCAGGCCCGGGCCGCGGCUCGCUGGGCCAAAUCUGCUGGUUGGGGUCGGCGUUCCGCUCCCGGUCCCGCCAAGGCGGCGACUGCGGUUGGAGUAAGGAGGUGUCAGGCGUGCUGACCCACCUCCGCUGUCCAUUACAACUUCAUCUGAGUUCAAAAUGAACUAUAUGCCCGGCACCGCCAGCCUCAUCGAGGACAUCGACAAAAAACAUUUGGUCCUGCUUCGAGAUGGAAGGACACUUAUAGGCUUUUUAAGAAGCAUUGAUCAAUUUGCUAACUUAGUGCUACAUCAGACUGUGGAACGUAUUCAUGUGGGCAAAAAAUACGGUGAUAUUCCUCGAGGGAUUUUUGUGGUCAGAGGAGAAAAUGUGGUCCUCCUAGGAGAAAUAGAUUUGGAGAAGGAGAGCGACACACCCCUCCAGCAAGUGUCCAUCGAGGAGAUCCUGGAAGAGCAGAGAGUAGAGCAGCAGACCAAGCUGGAAGCGGAGAAGCUGAAGGUGCAGGCGCUGAAGGAUCGAGGCCUCUCCAUCCCCCGAGCAGACACUCUGGAUGAGUACUGAGUCCUGGGAUGUCACUGCAACAAGGUGACAUCCUGCUCGCCACGAUUUUUGACCUGAGAAUUAGUUUGGUCAUUUUUAUUUUUAAUGCUGUCACAUGUGCAGCAAGAAGAUAUCCUGUGGGAUUUUGUUUUGUUGUUUCAAGUAACAAAAAUCCUCUUUAAAGGGACAGCGGCAUGGACUCCAUGCAGCCGGCACCUUGGAGCCAGCACCUUGUCUUUGUAUUGAUUUUCAUACCCCCAGUUAGAGUUUACAGAGGAUACUCUUCAUUUUCUUGUAAAUAAAAUAUGAAGCUCAAAACCA